AUGCUAACGUCUUCACAGCAAAACAAUGCCCGGGAACGCUUCAAGCAGCAGAACUGCCAAAGCCAGGCUUGCAUUGACUCCGUUGACUCGGGCUGCCCACUCAGCAACAUCAACUUCGUGCUUGGCGGUUGUGACGACCCCAGUCAGUGA